AUAUAAUCGCGAGAGAGCCCAGCGACUCGCCACAAGAAGAAAAGUAGACCAUUUUCAAAGAGUAAGAUCGUAAAUGGAGGGAACCACGGAGCCUCACCUUGUGCUCGUCCCAUGGCUAGGAGGCAUUAGCCACAUCAUCCCCAUGACCGACAUCGGCUGCCUCAUCGCCUCGCACGGCGCACCGGUUACCAUCAUCACGACGCCAGCCAACGCGCCGCUCGUACAGAGCCGUGUCGACCGUGCCACGCCACACGGCGCGGCGGUCGCGGUCACCGCGAUCCCGUUCCCAACCUCGGAGGCCGGCCUGCCUGAGGGCUGCGAGAGGCUGGACCUCCUCCAGUCUCCGGCUGAGGUGCCUCGCUUCUUCGGCGCCAACAAGCAGUUCGGCAAGGCGGUGGCGCGGUACUACCGGCGCGGCGCUGCUAUGCCCCGUCGACCGAGCUGCAUCGUCGCUGGAACGUGCCACACGUGGGCGCUAGGCUUGGCGCGCGACCUUGGCGUGCCGUGCUAUAUCUUCCACGGCUUCGGCGCGUUCGCUCUGCUGUGCAUCGAGUACCUCUACAAGCAUAGGCCACACGAGGCGGUCGCGUCGGUCGACGAGCUCUUCGACAUCCCUGUCCUGUCGCCGUUCGAGUGCAGGGUCUCGCGUAGGCAGCUCCCGCCGCAUUUCUCGGCAUCCACUUCCAUGGGUGGAGGGACGAUGCAAGAGAUGCGGGAGUUCGACAUGGCCGUAGACGGCGUCGUGGUGAACAGCCUCGAGGAGCUGGAGCACGGCUCCACGGCGCACCUCGCGGCGGCAAUCGGCAAAAAGGUGCUCGCUGUCGGGCCUGUGUCGCUCUGCCACUCACCUAAUCUCGAUCUGCAGGCCAUGUCAGAUGACGCGAGGCAGUACAUGGCGUGGCUGGACGGAAAGGAGACCAAGUCCGUAGUGUACGUCAGCUUCGGCAGUGCCGGCCGCCUGCCACCCGCGCAGCUCAUGCAGCUCGGCAUGGCUCUGGUCUCGUGCCCCUGGCCUGUCCUCUGGGUUGUCAGGGGCGCCGACUCGUUGCCCAACGACUUCAAGGAGUGGUUACGCGAGAACACCGACGCGGACAACGUCGCGGACAGCAAGUGCCUGGUAGCGCGCGGGUGGGCGCCCCAAGUGGCCAUCUUGGCCCACCCGGCCGUCGGCGGCUUUCUGACGCACUGUGGGUGGGGCUCGACUCUGGAGGCCAUCGCCGCCGGCAUGCCCAUGGCCACCUGGCCACUGUUCGCGGAACAAUUUAUCAAUGAGAGGCUCAUUGUGGAUGUGCUUGGUGUCGGGGUGUCUGUAGGCGUGACGAAGCCAACGGAAAACAUCCUGACCGCUAGUAAAACCGACGAUCGUAAAGCGGAGGCGGAGGUGGGGAUGGAACAGGUGAUGAAGGCCUUGGAGAGGCUGAUGGAUCAGGGUGUUGGAGGGGAGGCGAGGAGGAGGAAGGCUCGGGAGCUGAAGGCGAAGGCAGAGGGUGCUUUGGAGAAGGGCGGAUCGUCCUACAUCAAUUUGGAGAAGCUGAUACAACCUUUAGUUUGAAGAUCAAUUAAUCAACACGUGCCGUUUAAUUAGGCUCUGCUGAAUAAAGUUGUUGGUUAUAUUGUUUGCAGUAGGUGAGCUUGAGAUCCAAGCAUGAGCGCGCAUUGUGCCUGCGUUGUAUGCCAAUUAAAGAAGCGAAUUGGAUGGAACACCACUUGAAGAGUGGGGCUUCGUGAAAUUUCAUUCAGGAAAGUAAAAAGUUUCAUCCUCUCUUUAUUGGUUCAAUAACUUGAUUCUUGGUUA